AUGGCCUCAAUAAUGCAACGCCGCAUGCUCUCCAAGGAGGACGAAGCCGCAGACGAGGUCGAGGUCCGACGAGAGGACCAAGAUAAGAUCAACAAGUUCAGUCGGCUGCACCAGAGAGAACUCGCUCUGAAGGAAGUGUUGGAGCUCAAGGGCAAGGAAAAGGAGGAGCUAGACGACAUCUCUACCGAGCUUGAGCUUGCGGAUGAAGAUGACAAGAUCCAAUACAAGAUCGGCGACGCCUUUUUCCAUCUCCCCCUCGAACAAGCACAGGAGAUGCUCAGCACGGCGACCUCAAGAAUCGACGAAGAGACUGCCGAGGCAGAAGAGAAACUAGGCGCAAUCCACGAAGAGAUGACACAGCUCAAGGUUGAGCUGUAUGCUAGAUUUGGCAAGCAAAUCAACCUGGAGACAUGA